AUGGCGGGGCCAGACUCGAGCGGCGAGGGGGAGGACUCGUACGAGGAGGCAGAGCAAGACGGUUACCUCGAGCCUGUACGGUCACUUGGCCUGGCGGGCAAGCGCCGUCGCUCGUCCUCGUCAUCUGCGGAGCGUCCUGUCCAUCAACGUCGGCACAGCGAUUCGCAUGAGCCCAAGCCCUCACGUCACGCCGCGCCCGUCUCGACCACCUCGUACCGCGACGGGCACGCCCUCAGCCUCGGUUUCCCGUCGACCUGGACGCCUGUUGACGACGUCGUCCUCGUCAGCACGGUCGAGACGAUGAACGAGGAGGCGACAAGGCGAGGCGAGGGCGUCGACUGGGCGAGUGUCGCCGAGGCGCUGCCCGGCACGAGGAGGACGAGGCGCCAGGUCGAGGGUCGGUGGAACGCUCUCGUGCAGCAAGUGUCCGAGGCGCUGUCAUACCUCGACGAUGAUCCGCCGCAGCCGAGCGAGCCCGAGUCGGACGGUUCUUCACCUUCUACGACGGCGACGCCCUGGACGACCGACGAGGACGCCCGCCUCGUCGCCGCCGUCAAGCACCACUCGCCUUGGUCCGCAGCGCAGCCCAUGAACGCCGUCCUCGCCUCGACUGCCGCCUCGGCAUCAUCUUCUCGCUCGGCAUGGCCGGCUGUCAAGGCGCGCUUCGACUCGCUCGUGGCCGAGGGCGAGCCCGGCCCCGCUCGCACCGCCGCCGACCUCGCCGAGCAGUGGCGCACUUUGCAGUACACGGCCGGCGCGCACCGCACCCGCCGGGCCCAGGCCGAGGCGGCUGUCGAGCUCGAGCGCGCCGAGUGGACGCCGCACGAGCUUGCGCACCUCGUCGACGUCGUCAUCGGGCUCGGAGGGAGCGUCGAGCGCAACGCGGCUGGGUGGGAAGGCGAGGUCAAGGCGACGAGCAGGUGGAUGCAGGUACUGCAUGGCCUCGGCAAGCAGACGUCCCUCGUCGACGUGUGCCUCGCCUGGUGCGAGGCCAAGGACGGCUCGGCGGGAUCCCCAGCUUCGCUCGUCGCAUCGUCAACCUCGCGCUCGUCCACACCUGUCGUCGCCGCCGAGUCGUUCAAGCGCGAGCCUUCCCCACCCACCGCCUCGACCUCCACCUCGACCCACCCGUCCUCCUCCCUCGCCACCGCCCAGCUCCCUCCCCUCCCGACCCGCCUCCUCUCGACGACGACCUCAUCCGAGCGGGCGUCGGGCAGGAUGUAUACGGCCGAGGAGGAUGCCAUCAUCAUCGCCGACCGACGUGCGGGCGUCAAGCAGUCCAUCACGGCGAGGCGGCUCAAGCGGCCCCUCUCGGGCAUCCGGGGCAGGGUCAAGGCGCUGCGCAAGAAGGGCGUCAUUGUCGACGAACGGCCGGGUCGAGCGCAGUGA